AUGCUCAGGAAGGGGAAGGCCGGCCUGGUCUGCCGCCCCAAGGCCGGCUUCCUCUGCAAGCGCGGGGAGCUGGAACAGCUCCUGGAGGCCGCGGGCGCCAAGGAGCGCGCCUACCGCGAGCUGUGGCCCGACGCCCGCGCCGUGCCGCGCCUCAGGACCGGCGUGCCCGGGGGCGGGCUGCUGGGCUUCGGGGACACGUGCCCGGACUGCCGGGGCGACUGCGCAGACCAGGCUGGCGUCGGGGCCGCGCCAACGCCUGCUCGCCGGCGUCUGGUGGUGCGCCGGCGAUACCCCUCGGGCGUGCGCCGGAAGGCGGGGAACCUGGCCAUCCCCGAAGGGGACGGCCCCGUGACAGGAGCCUGCCUCCGCGGGCUGCUGAAGGACCAGAUGAGCCUGCCGGUUGCGAAGCUCCUCGUGGUGCGCGGGGGCGACGCCGACGGCGCCGAGGUGGAACUCCAGGACAGCGAGGUGCUGGCCGAGGGCGUGGAUCACAUCGUCGUCGAGAAGGACGAGGGCGUCCAGCCCGCCGUCGAGGCCGCCGCCUUCCAGGGCUCCGUGUUCCGCGGGCCCGCCGCCAGGGGCGCCGCGGCGUGAGGCGGCGCCCUGCGCGCCCGCCGACGGCUGCCUCCGCGCGCGUAAUUCCGGAUCGUCCGGCUCCCUCCUUCUGUCCCUGGUGUGCGAGCACCUUGCUCUCGGCCUCUCUCGCUCCCUCCUCUGUCACAGCGGCUGUGUGUACAUGCAGCGCAGGGCGUCGGGUUUGCCCUCAGCACGAGCGGGAGUCGUGCUGCCCAUGUUGAGCCCGGCACAGCCACCGGGCCAAUCGCGAUCGGGACAACAGACGAGUGGCCGAGCGGGGCAGAGCAGAAGAAAAGAGG